UAGAUACGACGCAACAAAUGCGGACCUGAUUCAGCUUUAUGUACCGUGGAUAACGUUACAGAAAGCUACAAUUUUUCCUUAUUAAGUGUUUAAUUUGGCACUAAUAUUCUCUCUUUAAUUACUGGGGAAUAUAACGAAUACAAAUGGCAUCAGUGGUUCAGCACGGCCGACGGAGAGGAGCCAGUAAAAGCGCAUCUUCAGCUGAGGAAGCCAGCAGGAUGGUCCAGCCACCAGAUCUCCGACAAGUCACCGUCUUAAGCAAGGCCGAGUGGCUGAGGAUUCAAGAUGAACUGAACCAAGUGAAUAAAGACAAGGAGAGUAUGAGGGAGGCGAUGAAACAGAGAGAGGCCCUGCACCUGCAGUCCAAAGAGGUGGUGAAGCAGUGGUCCAAUACCAUUGUUGGUCAAAGGCAGAAGAAGCUAGAGGCAAAGAAGAUUCGGGAGCAGACUGAGGAGGAGAAAAGGAAAUUGACUGAUAUAGAAGAGGCUAAAUAUCAGGAGCAAAAGCGGAAAGAGGCCAUUGAAAAAGCCAAGAAACAGCUGUAUUAUCAAACCGACCGGGUCAAAGGGUUACAUCGUGCGCUCUUGCUGACAGAAGUGCUGAAGGAGAGGGAGGCCCAGAUUGAGCUGAAGCAGAGAAUAAAGAGCGCCUCCAAAGAUGUGGACAAGGACUUCCUGGAGAUGGUGAAGACCAAAGAGGAUGAAUCUCUGAGACAGGAGCAGGAGAGGGCUCUCCAGACAAAGCUCAAAAGGCAGGCUGUAGCAGAGGACCUGAAAAACCAGAUAAAGGACAACGAGCUGGCAAAAGAGCGACAGAAGCUGGAGAUCAGGAAGGACGGAGAGGAAAUCCAACAACUUCAGGAGCUCUAUCAGUGGGAGCGAAGAAUGGAGGAAGAGCAGAAGGCAAAGCAGAAGAGAAACGUUAUGCAAGCUCACCUGGAACAUCUCACAAACAGAGACAUCAUUAGGGCAACAGAUGCACAAAAACAGGAGGCGGAGGAGGAGCGAAGAAACAUUUUUCUCUCUGCAAAGCAAAAAAUGAUGAAGUUAAGGAAAGAGAAAGAAAAGGAGUUGCUGAGUGAGGCCCAGAUGCGCAGAGAGCAGAUCACGGCCAAGCUUACAGUCACACAGCAGCAGCGAGUGGACAGUGAGGAGCAGAGAACCGCCAAGGCUGUGGCUGAGCGGGAUGUAAAACAGGCACAAAAGCAGAGGGAUGAGGAGGAGAAGAGGGCUGCAAUGUUGGAGUCGAUCGCUGCAUACAGAGAACGUGUGAGACAAGAAAAGGAGCAGAGGGACAAGAUCAGACAACAGGACACCCGGGACGCGCUCCAGGCUAAGAGAGAGGCCGACAGAAUAUUUUCUGAGAAACAACAGCUGAAGGCUCAGAGGAUCAGAGAGGAAGAAAGAAAAUUACAAGACUUCAACGCCACACAAAUGGCUGAAAAAAGCGCCAGGCAUCAUCAGCUGAGAAGAGAUGAACACGCAUUUGAAAUGAAGAACGCAGAAGUCAUCGCUGAAGAGGAAAACCAGUUUCAGCAAUAUUCACGGCACAUCAUCAACGCAGCAGCAGAGGCUCAGCGAAAUGUGUUUCCGCUGUGCAACGCUGCGAGGGAAGGGAUUGGAGGGGGACUCGGUCCCAAUUUUUGUGGAGUGAGACCUAGCUACCUCGUUCAGGACACUACUGGUGCUCAAAUGCCCAAAUACGUCUCCAGCACCACCCAGAACAUUAAAAAGCUUCAUGAGGUCGUAGAUAUUGAAGAAGCAAAGAGGAGACUUGGAUUUACAUGGUGAUACUUCACUCACAUUCAGCUAGUUUUGGUUCAAAGAAUGUUCCCUUAAAUUUACCAUCAAUGAAUAAUCUGAACAUUUUACUAACGUUAAAGUAUAUUGACAAAAUCUGUUGGUAAGCACUCCCUCAUUCACUGUUGCCCAUAUAGAAGACACUCAACAUUUCACUCUGUAGCGAGCAGUAAAUUGGGAUUUCAGGUACGUAUAAAUAGUAAUCAUUUUGCUUUUUCACUCAGGGUGAAGUGUUCCACUAAUUUUCUUGGCUAUAAAAUGCAAUAUAUUGCAUUAUGGGAUUGUUAGCAGAAAGUAGUGUCCAUAGUACGUCCUGGUGGCCUACUGUAGAUGUUCAAGCUGCUGACCACAAGUCCAGCUGGGUAUCUGUCAUUGUUUGUUCCCAUCUUCCUGAAAUCUGAGGGCACUACAGACACUACUCUAUAUAGUUAAUAGGGAGUGAUUUGGGACACAACCAAAAACUGAGGUAAGGUCAAGCACCCUAAGCUGAGGAGGUGACUCAUCUGGGCUAACAAUAUGAACUUCAGGAAACACUGAACCAAGCAUGGAUGACAGUGUAAAUUUCCUAUAAUAAUGUUAUCACUGUUUAUUACUGUAAUUUUGCGUGCUAAUAAUGUUUGGACCACCAAAAGAUGAGAUGAUUUUGUUUGUAA